AUCGGAUCGUUCUAAAGUCGCUCGGAUGCGAUUGGGAAACGCAAACAAAAUCGUUUCAGCAGCCUUUCGGGAGUGAAAAUGUCCAGUGCAGAAGCAACCGGUGGAAGAACUUGACCCAGUUCUGCACCAACUUAGCGUUCACGGUACACUUAGGCCACGCUGCACCGUGUAAACAUUACCAACGCUUUGGACGGACGACGAACGGAUCUCAGUCAACCGUGGGGCAAUUUCAUCAAACUGGAUCUAGAGAAAGAAACGUUAAUUUGUAUUGUUUUUAACCGCCAUUGCUUAAACCGGAGUUUAGCUGAAGCAUUAGCAGUAUAGCAGAACCAUUGAAGUGUAUCGCAAAUCAUCCACCAAGAAGUGUGAAUCUGCGCCAGUAGUAUGUCUGAAUCGGCGAAUCCAGCAAAGCGAUUAAGUCCCAUAGACGAGCUCAUAUCGCCCUCCGUACGCGUGAUCCGAGAAGUCUACGAAGGCGAAAAUGCUCACGAAAUGUUUCAGAACGAUCUUAACCGGGCGCUGUACAAAAAGAUUCGCUUCAUCAUCAUAGAACCAACGCGGUUGGGCGAGGAAACGGAACGGUGGAUUGCGGUCGGGAACUGCUUGCACAAGACGUCCCUGAUGAGCGGUGCGGCAUCGAUAGCGAUUGGUCUAGUGUGGAAGUUAGACGUUUUCAGUUACUCGUUUUGUGCCGUAUCAGUGUUUUGCACAAGUCUGUACAGCAUUUGCUGGGCCUGCGAUCCUUGUGUGGAGUAUCAGGUCGAGCGAAAGCGGAAGAAUUUGAUGAAAAUUCCGGUCCCUGAGGGAGCCUCCACACCGGUGGUGUUGGUGCACACCGGCAAUAAGAUCGUGAUGUUCAGUCACAGGAUAGUUACCCUAUUGGCGGCUUCAUUCUGUGCUUGGAAGUUGUACCAAACGUUGCAGUAAGACGAUAAAUGCUAGAAUUAUAGCUGGCCGGCAGCGAAAAAAUGUUUAAACAGUGUACAGUAUGCCGGUCCGGGUGUAUCUUCCUGACCGUGCAACGACGGAAGUUCCUUAUCGUCGUUAUUGCAAAGUACGCCACUCACUGCCGCCUUUGCAAAACAGACCUCCCGAAGAAAUCGAAGACAAAACCGUGCGAACCGCAUCCCAAAUAUUAGUGCAUGCCAAAAGUAGAGAGGUGGUUAGCAUCGUAAACAGCUCAUGGCAAAAUAUCGUUGAAACAAUCGAUCAGGGCACGACAAACUUGCAGCAUUUUAUGAUCCGCUUCGGAAACUAACGGAUAUUCAACCGUGCAGGGUAGCAUUUCAUUAUUUAUGUUUUAUACGUUAUUCCGCCAGAUUUCCAUCAAUGAGGGUUGUCGAUUGUCACAAAUGAAGGUAUUUGCAUUUAAAAGAACGAGGAACCAGGUGAACUGAAUUAUUAACCCUAUUAGUUCAACCAACGAGUGAUGAUUACGUGUUUUUUAGAGAGUGUUUUUAAGAAGCAUAAUUACGCCCGAAUGUUUUUAACACUUUAAUCACAUUUCACGGCCCUUGAUUGCAGAUCUUUCAACUCUUCUAAUACUGUUUCAUUAAGCGAUGGGCUCGAUUGAUCGACUUAGUGAGCAUAACUCUAAUGUCUUGUCUUGCAGUCGAAAUCUUGUUGGGUUCUGAUUAUUGAAAGCGUCACGAUAUUUGAGCAAAUCUCACACGAAGGAAAUGAUUAUAAUUACGAUAAAGGGACUAGUAGUGAAGCUGUUGACAGAGGGAGUGCUCAAACAAAGCGAUCAAAAAUAUUACACUCCUAAGCUUACCUGGUUGACCUCAAGUUGGUGUACAGUAAACGGUGUGAUGGAGAGUAUUAAAGACAAACAUUUUAUUAUCGGCACGUUCCUUGCUGGUUAAGGUGAUGCUCAACACACGGAGACACGGUCCUGGAAUAAUAGAAAUGGUGGGGAUGCGUCAAUAAUGUUGCUGAAAAAGUUGAAUAUGCAAAACAAAAAUGGGGCACAGCUACAGCGGACUGGACGGAGCACAGGUCAUCGGAACUGGACGAAAAUGAGCACUGCGGCAAGUUUUACAAAGGUGAGCUGGGUGCAACGAAUGCAAAAAAAGAUAAAAUAAGCCAACGGUAGUUGUAAAACUGUGAGAUAAGCGUAACGUUAUAGAGAAAUUAUGGUUGGAGUUUAAUUUUCAAUAAAAAAAGGAAAAUGUAAAAU